UCUCUUCCCGAGCAGCAGGGGUCUCCGGAACCGCCGCGAAUAUACCAGAAUGUCUCACCGCUUGGACAUGUCUCUCGAUGAUAUUGUCCGUACUAGAGCGAGAUAUGAAGGGCAUUACGGUGCUCCCAGAGGCGGAGGCUAGAGCCACGGCCCAGGACCAGAUCGUUCAGCUCCAUUCUGCGACCUGAUCAGAGCCAACCCGUACCCGGUGCCGCCGAUAUUCGAUGGAAUGCAGAAAGAAUUGAGACCGAGUGGAAUCCAUGACACUGCGGACACCAAGCUAUACAAAUCGAACUUGGAUUAUGAUGUCCUAGGAACAGCAGAAGUUGUUUUCUAUCACCAGACAGAUGCCCUACCAGUUAUCAAGAGAUAUAACAAUGUUCGGCUUGAUGGGAAACCAUUAAAAAUUGAACUUGUGGGAGUAAACUUGCUUACACCUGCUCCUGUGCUGGUAAACUUGGGUAGAUCUGCUUCUCUACCAGUGAACUUCCGUAGACCUCGUCCUCUACCAGCGAACAUGGGUAGAGCUGCUCCUAUAGAUUCAUCUGAAAUCAUCAUUCCAAGGAGGGCUAUUAAUGUUGCCACUGAAAGCUUUGAAAUUUAAUUAUGUUCCUUUCUCUUUUCUCAUCCAACUUCAAGUUUGCACAACUCUUCUUUUGCUUUACUAAAAAUUUAUGCUGCUU